AUGAACUCUUCAGAUUUAACCAACAACACAUCAAUUGCGACAGCGGCUACGGCUGUAGUCUGUCGUAUUUGGAAAGAAGAAUAUCACCUGGAAAACUAUGUCUCCACCUUAGUAGCCAUAAUCCUCAACAUAGUGACUUGUCCAGUGACCAUCUGCAUGAAUCUUCUGGUGAUAGUUGCUGUAAAAACAAAGCCCAGACUUCAGACCAUGUACAACUUGCUGUUGUGUGCCCCGGCGGCGACUGAUAUGGUGGUAGGAGCUGUGGUACAACCGAUUUAUGCCGUGGGAGAAAUAUCGCUGUUAACAGGUUCUGUGUCUGAAUAUUGUACUCAGUACCUUAACACAGUAUUCCUCUUUCUGAGUCCGUCCUCGGCAUCACUAUCAUUAUUGGCAUUGCUAAGCAUGGAGCGUUAUUUGGCAAUGAAAUAUUCCUUACGAUACGCAGAUAUCAUAACCAAGAGUCGGGUAGCCACUGCUGUUAUCACCUGCUGGGUCAUCGCAGUUCUUCCUCCAGUUUUCCUAGAUUCAUUUUCACGCCCCGUACUGUCUGUCAUGACAGCUGUUUUUAUAACGAGCGUCAGCUUUGCAGCGAUUACGUACGGUCACAUUUCUGUCUUCUUGGUCACCCGUCGUCACAUAAUUCGAAUCAAAUCUGAGCAAGUUUCGUAA